AUGAAAUCAAGAAGAUCCACCAAGAAGGACAAGCUCCUUCAGCAGUACAACUAUAAGUUUCUCCAAGAGUAUCAAUUAUCGCCCUCACGCACAUUCCUUAUUCGAUACCGUAGGAAGAGAAUUCGCAUAUCUAAAUCGGGCCUUAGACGCAUGUACAAGUUACUGUUUCUUUCUCAGUGCAUUGGCCGGUCCAAUUAUGACGAGCCUAUGUAUUGUGGCCAAGGAGUUGCUUCUCAUGCAAGGGAGUUUCCACAGCCGUUCGAUUACUUAAGUGAAGAUGAUUCGAUUGACUUGAAGGCUGAGAGAUUCAUCAAAAAGUUCUACGUUGAGAUGAGGAUGCAGGCGCGGGAAUUUGCUUAA